GAGCCAAAGGCUUCUAGAAGAAGCUGGACUGAAGACUCCAGGAGCGCUGUUGAAUCAACUGAGAAGGAAUCUGCAGAGCAAGUGCCAUGAGUGUCUCAGCUCUUGGAGGCAGCACCAAAGGGAAGCCACUGCUACCAGGUGAGGAGGAACGCAAUAACGUCCUCAAGCAGAUGAAGGUUCGGACCACGCUGAAGGGGGACAAGAGCUGGAUCACCAAGCGGGAUGAAUCGGAGGGCCACACCCUAGAGCUGCCCCCCGGUCGGAGUCGAGCCACAUCCUUUUCAUCAGCUGGGGAAGUCCUGAAGACCAGGCCUCCAAACACAAGGGCUCCCACCGGCUAUAUCAUCCGGGGAGUGUUCACCAAGCCCAUAGACAGCUCAUGUCAGCCACAUCGGCAGUUCCCCAAGGCCAACGGAGCUCCAAAAAGUGCUGCUGGUCUGCUGAGAGCAGCUCCCACUGGGCCUCCUCGGCCCUCCUCGUCUGGCUAUAAGAUGACCACUGAGGAUUACAAGAAACUGGCACCCUACAAUGUCAGGCGCAGCUCAGCAUCAGGGGAUGCAGAAGAGGAGGAGAUUCCUUUCUCAUCUGAUGAGCAGAAACGGAGGUCAGAGGCUGCAAGCAGCGUGGUGAGGAAGACAGCUCCUCGGGAGCACUCGUACGUUCUGUCAGCAGCCAAGAAGAGCAGCAGCAGCCCUGCCCAGGAGAUGCAGGCCCCGUUCAUUGCAAAGAGGGUUGAGGUGGUGGACGAGGACAGGCCUUCGGAGAAGAGCCAGGCUCCACCUGCUCUAGCAAGAUCCUCUCCUGGCUUGAGCAGUACAAGAGGCGAGGAGGUUGUCCACCUACAGAUCAUAACGCCUGGGGCAGGACCCCGCCUGAUGACCCCAGACCUGGAAGCAAUGAGGUCUUCCCCGGGCUCCAAAGACAAGGAGGACCCUAGCCCUAGAGAGGCCAAGAGAGACUUGGCUGGGGAGGAGGCCUGCAAGGGCCCCAGUCCAGACCCUGAAAGGUCAAGUGCACAGUCAAGUGAUGGCAAUGUGGGAUCCAGAGCCAUGGGCUUCCCACCUGAAGGCUUGACUGAAGCAGACCUUGGCUCCAGGAGAGGACGCCCCAGCACUACUUUGCCCUCUGUGGAACCAGCUGACCAGAAAAGCGACAGUUCAACAGACCUGGAGGACAAGGAGGCACACCUGAAGGGCACCUUGGCUGGUUCUGAAGAAAAGAACGUGGCUGCUAAGAUGGGAGAAACCUGGCAGGAGAGGCCCACAGUCGUGAGAGGUGGCCCUGCGCACCCAGCUGCCCCCGCCCAGCAGCCUGCAGCCCCCGGGACCGCAGAGCAGCCGAGCAGCCCGCGAAGACCAGAGCAGCCUGUGGAACUGGACAGCCAGGCCAGCGGCAUCUUGGCUGGUUCUGAAGAAACGAAUGUGGCUGCCAAGGUACGGGAGACCUGGCAGGAGAGGCCUACAGUCCUGAGAGGUGGCCCUGGGGACCCAACUGCACCCUCCCAGCAGCCUACAGCCCCCGGGACAGCAGAGCAGCCGAGCAGCCUCAGAAGACCAGAGCAGCCUGUGGAACUGGACAGCCAGGCCAGCGGGACGAAAAACCCCUUGAGCUGUACGGUCACUGUUACCGUUACUCCGUCUCCUGAGCAGCCUCAUGUUUCCAUCCCAGGCCCCCCCAGUGAAUUGGACUCCAGUUCAAGCAGCAAAGGGAUUCUCUUCAUGAAGGAAUACAGGAAUGCAAGUGAGGUGUGCUCCGGGGAGCCAGUGUCUCCAUGCAGUGUCAGAAGCACUGAGGACUCGUGUGACAUGGAGAGGAGGCCUGCACGUGACAGCUCUCUGUAUUCGGAGAGAACAAGUGGAGGGAUCUGUACUUACUGCAACCAGGAGAUCAGAGACUGUCCAAAGAUUACCCUAGGGCAUCUUGGCAUCUGCUGCCAUGACUAUUGCUUCAAGUGCGGGAUCUGCAGUAAGCCGAUGGGUGAGCUCCUGGAUCAGGUCUUCAUCCACCGUGACACCAUCCGUUGUGGGAAAUGCUAUGAGAAGCUCUUCUAGCUCUUCCAAGCUAAGAAGAAGCUGAUGACUCCUGGACAAGUUUGGCUGUCCUCAGUUGCCCCAAGUUGCUAGCUCCUCUUUCUUCACUUUCUCCCCGCCCAUUCGAUUUCUUCAGAUUUCUGCCCUUCUCAAAUUGAACUGAUCAUAUCCAGCACAAUACCUUAAUGAUGACAAUAACUUGUGUGUAUAGCUUUUUAUAGCUUAGAAAGCACUUUACGUAAGUGAUCUUAUUUCAGGCUCAAGAAAAAAAGAUUGAACAAGAAUUCCAUCUUGGCUUUCCUAAGAUAAGUUGGCUUCUGGAUGAGCUUAGGUGGUCUGGUACAAUAGGCAGGAGCCUGAGUUUCAGUGUGUCCUGACUUUUGGGACAGAGCAACCCCACAUUCUAGGUCACAGCUCUAAGUGUACUUUUGGGGAUUGAAACUAAGAGGUCCCCUGAAACUUCUGAGAGGCCUUGUGGGUAAAUCUCUGGUGGAUAAAUUGCAGACAUUGAAUGCUAAGGAUUGGCAUAGGCUAAUAUUUAGUCGGUCUGUUGUAGUUGCUAUAUAUGUAUGUGAGUGUACAUUUAUAUAUUUAACUUUCCAUACACAUUUAAAAGUAGUUAAUUGCUUUUUAUUGAGUUAUAUAGCAGAUUUUAAUUAUCUUCUUCCUCCAACUUUUCACUAUAAUUGAGGGGUUUUUUUUCCCUGCAAGCAUAUGGGCAUGCAUUAGAAAGUCUACACAGAUAAUGUUGCAUUCUAUGGGAUGUGAUUCUUAAGAAUCUCUGACCAGAGGAACAUCUGUGUCUGAAUCUUGAUGGCUGAUUAAUACCUUUGCCCUCAAUUCCAAUAUUACACAGAAGUCUUCAAAAGUAGGCUUAUAGACUCCAGCAGGAUUAAGAAUGGAGAAAAACAGUUAACAUUUCUCAAGGCUUUAGUAUAUAUCAGGAUUAUCACAAAGUUAUGGCAUUAAUCCCCAUACUAAUCCUAUUGAGAGGUUAUUCUUGUCCCUAAUUUACAGAUUUGAAUAUCGAGGCUCAGAAGGUGGUCACUGCAUUGUGAGGAACCAUUGCUGUCUCUCUCCAGAACACAGUAGCAGUAACCAGAGUACCAAGCAUUGAUUUAGUGUUGCGUGCCCAGGACUGUGCAGAGGUUAGCCCAUUUUGCCAAGUUAACACUGCCCGCCGCAGGCCUCCUCUGAGGCCUACUCUUACAGAGACGGAAGUAUGAAAUCAUGUUCCUCUGGGCAUCCGAGGUCUCCCUAUGAAGUCCCACAAAAGUCAAUCUGCCCUCCUUCCCUCUUCCCCACCCCCAGUUUUGAACUGAAAUACUCCUCCAAACUCAGCUUUCUCUCCUGGGGAGAGAUGUGACUCAAAGACCUUCCCAAAGAAGAGCUUGUCAACCCAGGGAAAGCUCCAGUAAGCUACCCCGUCUGAGCUAGCCGACAUAGCAGCGACUGCGGGGGCUCCAGCUACUUGGAGCACAGAAGCCUCUUGGCUGCCUAAACCGAUUGCAGGCCCAUCCGUGCACGGAGCUCAUACUCCAUUCAGCCAAGCUCACCUGCCCUUGGGACCAGUGUCACUGCAUAAGGUCCUUGAGAGGAAGGACAACCUGAAAAGUUUUCUGAUGAAAAUUGAGGGUCUCUUCCCUUGAUUUAAUUAGAAAAUGUCUCCAUCUCUCUCCAGUUUCUGACUCCUAUGCACAUUGGCUGGUGGUCUUGUCUUCCCACCAACUGAUCAGAGAGGAGGAACAUUCCAUUUAUUUGCAUAGAUGUGCAUCAGAUUUGCUCCGGAGGGGAAAAGUGGUACCAUAUGUCAUGUGCCAAUACUAAAUACGAGCCGGUGUUCCCCAUGCAGAGCCCACAGCAUGGGAUUUGGCCCAUGACGGACGCUGACACAUAGGUGCGGAAUGAGUGAGUAAGAGGGAAAGAAAGGCCGCCCUUUUGUGUGGGAGGCAGCAGCCCUGAGUCAGUGCGGGCCUGGUUGAUGGAGUACAUGAUAAAGCGGUCCAAGACAGGCUGACUUCUCCACCUUUCAGAUACACUCUGCCUUUAAGGGAGUCUUAGAGCGAAUAUGCAGGAAAUUAAUAGCCUAUAAGAUCAAUAUUGAUUUAUAUUCAAAACAGCCUCUUUCAUGUCAAAACAGGCACAGAAUUCUGAAGACUUGAGAAAAGUAGUUCCAUUAUACUUUUGCUUCUUUUUAAUUGUCUAGUGUUUUUAAUCACAUUUGCUUCACCCAGAUUAAUGUUCUCAAUAUAAUAAAUGUUAAGAUAUUAAAUAUGUCAA